GCCGAGGCUCGGGCGGCGCCUCCCUGCGGCGGCCCGGCCCGGCUCCGGCCCCCGCCGGGGCGAUGCUCCCCGCGGCCGCGGGAUGAGCCAGUGACUCGGCUGGCCCGGGCAUGGCGGACCCAGUGGCGAGCAUCGCUGGCUCGGCGGCAAAGAGUGUGCGGCCUUUCCGCUCCAGUGAGGCUUAUGUGGAGGCCAUGAAAGAGGACCUGGCAGAGUGGCUGAACGCCCUGUAUGGCCUGGGUCUGCCUGGCGGUGGUGAUGGCUUCCUGACAGGCCUGGCCACAGGCACAACCCUGUGCCAGCAUGCCAAUGCUGUCACCGAGGCUGCCCGUGCUUUGGCUGUCACCCGCCCAACCCGAGGUGUGGCCUUCCAGGCACACAGCGUGGUUCCUGGCUCCUUCAUGGCCCGAGACAACGUGGCCACCUUCAUCGGCUGGUGCCGCGCGGAGCUGGGCGUGCCGGAGGUGCUCAUGUUCGAGACGGAGGACUUGGUGCUGCGCAAGAACGAGAAGAGCGUGGUACUGUGCCUGCUGGAGGUGGCGCGGCGCGGGGCCCGCCUCGGCCUGCUGGCUCCCCGCCUCGUGCAGUUCGAGCAGGAGAUUGAACGGGAGCUGCACGCUGCACCCCCCAGUGGCACCCAUGCUCCCACUGCUGGGGACMCGGAAACCACCACUGCACCAGGGACUUCCACUCGUGGACCCCGCAUGACGCCCAGUGACAUGCGCAACCUCGAUGAGCUGGUGAGGGAGAUUCUGGGCCACUGCACUUGCCCAGACCAGUUCCCCAUGAUGAAGGUCUCUGAAGGGAAAUACCGAGUGGGAGACUCCAGUGUGCUCAUCUUCGUGCGGGUGCUGAGAAGCCACGUGAUGGUACGUGUGGGUGGUGGCUGGGACACACUGGAGCAUUACUUGGACAAGCAUGACCCUUGCCGUUGUUCCUCCACUGCCCACAAACCUGCCCAGCCCAGGGCCUGGACCUUCUCCCCCCAGAGGGUGUCACCCACCCCAAGUCCCCGGCCUGGUAGCCCAGUUCCCGGGGGUGAGCGCCGGGGCUCUCGGACUGAGGUUACUUUACGAAGCACAAAGGAGGGGGCCCAGACCCUGCCCAGGGCCCGGGAUCAGCUGCCCCCCCUUCCCCGCUCCCGCCGCUACUCGGGGGACAGUGACUCCUCAGCCUCCUCAGCCCAGAGCGGCCCCCUUGGUGCCCGCAGUGACGAAGCAGGCACUGGCACCCUCCGGAGGGAGCGGUCCAGCAGGCGGCUGACCACAGGCACCCCGGCCUCUCCGAGACGGCCGCCAGCCCCUCGCAGCCAAUCCCGAGACCGGCUGGAUCGGGGACGGCCCCGGGCUGCCCCAGGCGGCAGAGGAGCCCAGCCGUCCGCCCCCAGCUCUGCCCGCCGGGCUCGCAGCCAGAACCGCGAGGAGCAGGCUGUCCUGCUAGUGCGCAGGGACCGAGAUGGGCAGCACUCCUGUGUGUCGCGGGGAAGGGGCGGCGGGGGCUCAGGCAGGAGCACCCCCCAGACUCCCCGUGCCCGCAGCCCUGCAGCGCCCCAGCCUCUCCGGGUCUCCAGCCCRGGGCCAGAGUUGGGCGCCACACCCGCCAGUGUCUUCCGCACACCUCUGCAGCUUGACCCGCAGCAGGAGCAGCAGCUGUUCCUGCGCCUGGAAGAGGAAUUCCUGGCCAAUGCCCGUGCCCUUGAAGCUGCUGCCAGCGGGACUCCCACCGGACUAGCCCCUGACCCGCCUCGGCCCCCAGAUCCUCCCGCUCCCGACUCGGCCUACUGUUCCUCCAGUUCCUCCUCUUCAUCCCUCUGCGUCCUGGGUGGCAAGUGUGGCCAACCAGGGGACUCAGGCCGGACAGCCAAUGGGCUGCCCGGGCCCCGUAGUCAAGCCCUAUCCAGCUCGUCAGACGAAGGCAGCCCCUGCAUUGGCAUAGGGGGGCCUCUAGAGGCACCUGGGACCCCCCUGGCUGGCCCAGAACCCUCGCGGGUCUGGGCACGGGGUCGGAUGGACACACAGCCAGACCGUAAACCCUCUCGCAUUCCCACACCUCGCKGCCCCCGACGCCCUUCUGGACCCACGGAGUUCGGGGCCUGGCCAGCCCAGCCCUCGGUCACCCCAAGGGCCGAGCCAGAUUCCUGAAUGUGAUGAACCAGCCUAUCUGCUCCCAGACCCCAUUCCUUCUCCUUUUCCUUGGUGGCCUUAACCUACCCUCUGCAUCAGGGAGCCCCCUCGCCUCCUGAGUACCAGACCUCAUGGGACCAGACCCCUCGGGACCACAAGGCACAAUGGGACCUCUGUUGUACAUUCCGGUUGGGGGAUGAGCGUAGCUAUUUAAUUACUAAUAUUAUUGAAUGCCUUAGGGGAGGCUGGGCUAGCCCGGUGUCCCGAGGACCUAUGGUCCA